CUUCUUAUAGGAGCCAUGGUCUCAUUGGAGGGUAUGAUGUUCCCGUUUGGUCGUCAGAAGAUGCUAGCGAUGGGUGUGAUGCUGCAGAUCUUGGGUAUCUUCAUGGCACUCAUAGGUGCUUUCCUGGAGAGCGUUGUAGCAUCAUUAAUACAUCACGUUGAUUUUAGUCAGUGUUCCUAUUCAAGUUCAGGUGUAGCAAACUGUACUGCAGAGCUUUCAUGUGAGGCCGUCCAACUUAGCUUUCCAAAGAGCUGUUACUGCUGCCAUCUUACUAAAGAGAGAUUUAGCCCAUGCUACUUCAGAGCUGUGAGUCUGUUUGAAGCACCUAGUAUGUAUGCUGGUGUAGACUCCUGUAGCCAGGUGUCUGGUGAAUAUCUUACUCUUCUGUGGACCUCUGUCUGUUUCUGUGCUGUUUGUUGUUUCUUCGGGAUCAUUGCUGCAAUUACUACAUACUCCUACAGAAAAGCAAUCAAAUCACCAAGUAUAGCAAUAUCAACGACACUCACAUCUCCUAUGUUACCCCAACAAACUCGUCAGGAAGGUUUCGUCAAAUCCUCCUCCUCUUCUUCUUCUUCAUCUUCAAGUCCAGGUGGCUCACGAAGCCUUGAUACACCUGUACCUGCACCAAGGAACUCCCUUGUACGUUCCUCAAGUAAUACAGUAGUUGGUGCUACCCCUGCAUCAACACCUGCAGCAACACAAGUGAAAUCCUCAACCCUUCCAAAAAGAAAAAAGAGACGUGCCCCAGGUAUACCAACUUCACAGUGCUCAGAUGCUUCUGAAGCUUCCCCCUCAAGCUCAGCUGUAGUUGUUGUGAGACCAAAGAGGAACAGUGCAGCGUUGUUUACACAGUCAACAGAAAAUAGAGUUUCAAGUCAUGGUCAAAGGCCUACUUCUGCAGAGCGUCCUAGGUCAGUCGACGGUAGGCAGAUCAUGCGGGUUUCCCGUUCCACAGAGAAUAUACUGCGGGAAACCCGUCCUGAAAGACCAAGAUCUGCAACUGGUGGUUCCAGACCGGCCGACAGCCCACAGAGAAGGCCGGAUUCACAGAGAUCCUCAAGAACACCAGCUGGAAGUCCAUUAAGGACACCAUCGUCUUCAGGAGCACCAAAUACAAGUGCAUCAAGGACACAGGAAUCUUCUAGAACCCCAACUGCAAGUCCAUCAAGGACACCUGCAAAUGUUCCAGAAAAUCAAGAGGAGUGUCAGGUGUCAUCUGUUGAUGAGGUUGCUUCUUCCACUCCAUCAGCAACUAGUACAAGUUCCUCAAACGAUAGUGCUGGUGCUUCUGCAAGUCCUUCAACAAGUGCUUCUACUGACAAUAACACAACACCAAAGAAUGAGACUCCAUCAAAGACUCCUAUUAAAAAGAAGAAAUCGCACAAGAAAUGCCCCGCACCUCUGACUCCACCACAGUUACAACAGCUGCAACAAGAACAACUUCAACAGCUUCAGCAGCAGCAACAAGUACUUGCCGAACAGCAGCAGGCACCUGCAAUGUUCUUGCCAAGAAACGAGCCGAUCCCCAACUCGCCGCCUCCCCCUUUUGUACCUGAGCGUCCCCCCUCUCCACCCCCUUUUACCCCCUCUGCCUCAAUCCAUUACCCCCACCACACCCCUCACCACCCGCACCAACCUGUUACAAACAUUCAUCUCACGUUGCACACCACACCAAUGGGAGCCAACGUCCAGAUGCCGGUGACUAGUCAAAGUGGGUACCUCUAUCACAACCAACCCACAGCACCUUUAUAUUUAUGAAUGAAACCAAGUGCACUUGUGGUUGAUCAAAGUGCCUGAUGAACAUUGCCUUUGAAUCGUACGUCACAACUGGAAGAUUUUGAAGACUAUUUAUGAUGUAUUUAUAGGAACCUUACACUUUACUGACUUACAUGAUAUUUUAAAGUUUAUGAUCAAUUGGAGAAUGGUCAUACAGGGAUACCAUUGCCUUUUAUGAAGAGAAUUGUUUAUCAGGGUAACAUUUCUCAAAUCUUGAAGAAUCACUGUUGAUUGAUCUCUCUGAAUAUGAAUUCUAUCUGUGUUUGGUCUGCAUGGAUCAAAGAUUUGUGCCAUUGUUGGUGUCACGGCACAUGCUCAAUACUAUCACUGCCAGUAUUGCCUCAUAAUUUUGAACUAGAUCUCCAGUUGAAUUAAUGAAAUGGAUUGGCUUGUAUAUCAAGACAUCAAUAUCUUAUCUGUUGUGUGAAAUUUCACAAUAUAUGUACUUAAUAAACCUUGUUUAGGCUUAUGAAUUAUUUUUAUGGAGGUCAGGCCAUCCCAUUAAUCUUCACCAAUUUUUUUGGUUAUGAGUCAUAAAGUGUGUUCCCUCUGGCAAGGUAUAACAAGCCAAGAGAUGUUGGACGAAAUCUAUCUGUAAGCCAUUGCCAAUUUUGAUGGUAAUUUUCAAGUGAUAGAUAAGUUUUAACUACAACAAAACAAUUUUUACUUGUCUAUUGCAAGAUCUUUGACUGUUUUUUUAAUCUCUCAACAGCUUUGUGUUUCGGGCCCCAGAUUGUAUUUUAUUAUUUCUAUUUUUCUUGUUCUUGAAGUUGAUGAGGGUCCCGUUACAUAUAAAGGUUAGUGAUUAAUCGUACGCUUGAUUUUCACGAUUGAUUGUACAUUGUAGUCAAUGCAAUCAAUCGUAGAAAAACAUGUUCCACGAUCAUUGCUAAGCUUUGUGUUACAGGUCCCUGGUUGUAUUUGAUUAGUUCUAUCUUUCUCUCUUAUUCUUGAAGAUAACGAGGGAUGUUGCUGAUUGGUCUACGUCCACUUUCGGUUUGGUCUUCUCCCAUUUGGUCUAAUCCUAGUUCGUCUACAACUGCUUUGUCUAUUAACCAUAUAACCAUUUACCAGAGACAUCAUUUGGUCUAUUACCCAGCUAGGUUAUUUAUCCACCUUGCUUAAUAUCGACUUGGUGUAGCACCAUUUAGUCAAUAAGAUUUUAGAUCAACUGUCGGGAAUAAAAUUUCAUUUUACAAAGUGCAAAAUAAUUAGUAGAUAGACUGGAAAUAAGACGCAAAUUAGACUAAGCAGGUAUUGGACCAAACGACAAUUAGACAAGUGAUAGUAGAAUGAAUGGCCCGAACUCACAAAGGUGGUUUUGAAACGGUUGAACCCAUGGUUUAUGCUGAAUUUACAGCGUACCUCAAAAAAUGACCGAUACUUUUGCCAUGGUCAUCCAUGCUAUUUUAUUCAUGAGUCCACUCAUGAAAAUAAAGUGUACUCAAUCAUGGCAACAGGUGUCAAUUUGGCGCAAUGUAACAAAAGCGUGCAUCAGGAUUGGUCAUUUAUUAUAUUAUAUGUGGUUUUUUCUGUCUUUCUUUCCUUUUUAUUCCAGAGAAUAAAAAAGAACCUUUAUUUC